AUGCGUAUAUUCACUGCAUACUAUGAUCAUCGUCAUAGUGGACCAUCCUCGUCCGCACUUGUACUUCCUGCGCCACUCACUUCCCAAGACACCAACCAUGGCCUACGUCAAUCAUACAACACGACACUUAGUGAUACUAGUAGUAACAACACCAGCUUGGCGUUAGUACUAGAUGGAGGUGAUAAUGAUGACAACAACAGUAGUCAAGGAGGCUCAUUGCAACUAUUCUAUGAAGAGACACCAAAGAAACAGUAUAGUGGAAUAAGAGACAAGUCCAAUAAUAACAAGACACUGUCUUCCAUACCAUUCAUGUUGGACACUUGCUCCACUACACUAUCAAAUCAACAAUCCAAUCUGACUUGGAACACCAACACUACAAUGCUAACCUAUGACAGUGGAUUGAGUGUUGAUCAAUGUGCAUUGGCAUCAUCUUCAUCAUCAAUCACUGAGAGUGAAGAACUUAGACGACGUGAGGAGAUCGAAGAGAAGCUACAAACAUCCAAGAACAAAGUGAAAAGGAAGCGUUCUGGAUUCAUAUGA